AUGAAUAUUCAAUACCCUUCACCCAACCUUCCCAAUGAGAUCAUUCUCCGUAUUCUUCAAAACAUCACCCACCGACCGACACUCGCAUCAUGCUGUCAAAUCUCGAAGAUGGUAUAUGACAUCGCAUCACCACUGCUCUGGGAAAAUUUACGACUCACUCCUUGGUCGGACCGUAGAGAUUCUAGUGGUGAAAGGGAAUUGAGUGACUACCGAAAAGAUCACGGCAAGCUGAACAACCGUACGAGAAGCGUCUCCAAGAUGAGAAACGGGGUGAAAAAGUUGACUUUGGAAUAUCAUUCGGUCGACUGGUGUGGGAUCGACAGACCUACUCGACUCAAUUUACCCAACUUACAUACCUUGGAACUGGUGCUGAAGGACCGUCACACAUUUCAUUUCGGGUGGCCUUCCCGAACUUCAUCAAACAACAGCAGUGAAUGUAGAUUUUUGAAAAACCUCAAGCCCAAGACUAUCAUUAUAAGGAAUUGUGUUCUAUCCAAAUUGAGAUUAGAUACACCUAGUAUGCCUUCAGGUAUAUGGGAAGAAUGUCAAAUCUUGAUUUUAAUCUGUUCACCAAAACAACACAUAUCUUCUACCACAUACAGCAGAUGGAACAAGUUAGUUGAGAUGAGACAUUUGAAAAGGGUAUGUUGGAUUUUCGAUCCUAUGAUUGAUGCUCCGACUUCGUGGGAUCCAUCGAUUGAUGAACACUUCCAAUUUGAUGAAACGGUCGCAACCCCUGGCCCUCGCCUGUUCCAUUCAUCCGACUCCGACUCGAUGAACCUCACACUGUUAGAUCCUCUCAGAUCACCUGAAACCGAUGUCGAAAUCCGUUUUAUGAACUCCGGAUGUAUCUACUCAGCUUUGAACGAGACUCGACGAUCAGAAUUCUUGGAACUAUGUCUACGCAAUGGUACACUCAAAGAAGAAGAUCUCACGUCUGGGACACCUGAAUCCAGAGCUAUGAGAUUCCAAAAUGCUUUCCAAAUUGAGUUUCAAAGCUUAAUCGCGAGGCGGUUUGAAAGAAUGAUGAGCAUCGAUCGUUUGGAAGAAGACAAGAAGGAGGAAAGGAGGAAAUUAAUCAAUUUCAAAUCCCUACAGAAAUGGGUAGAGGAAGAUGAGAAAGAAUGGUCACAAUGGAUCGAUAGGGAUGAUUUAGUCAGAUAG